AAAAAGAAGAAAAAGAAAUUCAAGAGACUCAAAGUGAAGAAUCUUCCUCUAUUCAUUCGGAGAUAACUAAUGCUACUUCAACCCUCACUCCCCUUUUACGUACCUAUUCGUUAGGUCGACCUGUUCGAUCUUAUCAAGGUCAACUAGAAAUUAAUCAAGAGGAAAUUAUAUCAACUUUUAUUCAGAGCCCAAAUGUUGAUUCUUUUUCUGAAGGUAGUCAAUUUUCUGCUCAAAUGAAAGUUAACCAACGUUUAGAGGAGUUAAAGGGUCAGAUUUUGGUUUUAAAUGACAAAAUUUCAACCUUAGAAAGAGAAAAAAAAGAUUUGCAAGAAACCAAUGAAUCACUAAGGACUAGUUUGAAUAAUUACGUUAAUUCUUUGUUAGAUUCCUUAAUUCAAGAACAAGAAAAUUUUAAUGUCGAUGAUGACAAUCUAAGUAUUUACCUAAAAAAUCAGCAAAGAACAAUUGAUAAUUUAGAAGAAAGUCUUGGUAAAGAAUUAAAUUCAGAACAGUCUCGCAAUCUUCGUGGAAUUCAGAAACAACUUGCCUGGUUUCGUGAGGAACAAAUGAAAAGAAAGUUAGAAAGGUUAGAAGAGCAACUUCAAAAUCAGAUUCUAGUUUCUCCUAAGUAA